AUGAACUUCAGGUUACAUGAUGCAGACCAGAUGUUACAGAGGUUCAUGGACAAAAUGGUGCUCAGCCUUAACUUCAUUGUCAUGUAUAUUGAUGACAUCCUCAUCACUUCCCUGGACCACGCUCACCACCACAAACACUUUCAUCAACUGUUCACCCACUUUCAGGAGCAUGGCUUUAAGAUUCACCCCAGGAUGUGCAUCCUUUGGGCACAGUCAGUCAACUUCCUGGGCCACAGAGUGCUCACCAUCCAGGAAUUCCUGUGCACCAGCACUGUCAGGUCAGGUAUGGUGAAUUACUACCAUAGGCUGAUUCCCAAGGCAGCAGCUUUAUUUGGACCACUGAAUGAGCACCUGAGAGGGACACAUAACUAA